UAUUAAUGAAGUGGAAUCGUUUGAAAUUUUUCAGUGUUUGAAAUAUCGCGCUAAAUUUCAAUCGAUAUUUCGAGAUUACUCGAGCAUGCGCACAAGAGUUAUCGAGUUGAAGGCAGAUAAUGUCGAGUGCAUCCACGGUGGCAGUUCAGCGUGUAUUCAGUGAGCGUAGAGAAAGGAGUGUUCUUAUUGAGCUCCUCUCUUUAAUUCUAUAAAAAUUUCGUUUACAUUUUUUUCUCUAUUUUUCUUUUUUUUCUCAUUAUCUUUUCACUCAAUAGAAACUUUUACAAAGGUUUUUAUUGAUCAAAAACAAAAGUGCAAACAUGUCUACGUCAGCUAUAUACAUAUUGGAUGUGAAGGGGAAGGUAUUGAUCUCUCGAAAUUAUCGUGGAGAUAUAGAACCUGGUGUAAUUGAGAAGUUCAUGUCCUUGGUAAUGGAGAGAGAAGAGGAAGGCAAUCUUACACCAAUUAUUCAGACAACGGAGUGUACAUAUGCUUAUAUAAAAUAUAAUAAUCUUUAUAUCGUAUCUAUGACAAAGAAGAAUGCAAAUAUUUCUUUGGUCUUUGUGUUUUUACAUAAAAUGGUACAAGUAAUGCAGGAAUAUUUUAAAGAAUUAGAAGAAGAGAGUAUAAGGGAUAAUUUUGUUGUAAUUUAUGAACUUCUUGAUGAGCUAUUGGAUUUUGGUUAUCCUCAAACAACAGAUAGUAAGAUUUUGCAAGAAUAUAUAACGCAAGAAGGACAUAAAUUAGAAAUACAACCUAGAAUACCAAUGGCUGUGACCAAUGCUGUAUCUUGGAGAUCAGAAGGUAUUAAAUAUCGCAAAAAUGAAGUCUUUUUGGAUGUAAUAGAAUCUGUGAAUCUUUUGGCCAAUGCUAAUGGAAAUGUAUUAAGUUCUGAAAUAGUUGGUGCCAUAAAAAUGAGAGUGUAUUUAUCUGGAAUGCCAGAAUUAAGAUUGGGUCUAAAUGAUAAAGUUUUAUUUGAAUCAACAGGACGUGGAAAGUCCAAGUCAGUAGAAUUGGAAGAUGUUAAGUUUCAUCAGUGUGUACGACUUUCAAGAUUUGAGAAUGAUAGAACCAUUUCUUUCAUACCACCUGAUGGUGAGUUUGAAUUAAUGUCAUACAGAUUGAACACUCAUGUCAAACCAUUGAUAUGGAUAGAAUCUGUAAUAGAAAGACAUGCACAUAGUAGAGUUGAAUAUAUGAUAAAGGCUAGAUCCCAAUUUAAGCGCAGAUCAACAGCUAACAAUGUGGAAAUAGUAAUACCAGUGCCAAAUGAUGCUGAUUCUCCCAAAUUUAAAACAACUAUUGGCAGUGUUAAGUAUUCUCCUGAACAAAGUGCAAUUACUUGGUUCAUUAAAUCCUUCCCAGGUGGAAAAGAAUAUUUAAUGAGAGCUCAUUUUGGUCUACCAUCUGUGGUUGGAGAGGACAUAGAAGGGAAGCCACCGAUUCAAGUGAAAUUUGAAAUUCCCUACUUCACCACUUCUGGAAUUCAAGUGAGAUAUUUGAAAAUCAUUGAGAAAAGCGGCUAUCAAGCAUUACCAUGGGUUCGUUAUAUCACACAGAAUGGUGAUUAUCAAUUGAGAACGAAUUAAUUUCAUAAUAAUCAUAAAAUGAGAAACAUCAUGAGCCAUCGAUUACAAAGUUCAAUUUAAUUUUUCAAUAUAUAUCUUCUAAUGUAUAAAGAGAAUAAUGUUUUCAUGAAAUCACGCAUGAAUAUGUAUUAUGCUACUAUUGCGGAAUUUGCAAUUAAGUUUAACUUUUCUUUGGUA